AACUAAAAAUCACUUUAAGAGUUUAUUAAUUAGAAUCUUAGCAAUAAUUUCAUUUUUUGGACCACAAUUUUAGAUUAUUUAAUAUUAAAAAACUUGUCAACACUUUGUAUUCCAACAACUCAUCCUCAAGAAUCUCCGCUGACCGCAGACAGCAUGACCUCCUUUAUUUUCCGCCACGUGUCAAUUCAUACUUAUUUCCUCCACGUGUCACGCGGCGGAAUAGUGAGCACGGUGAAUUAAGCAUAACCUCCUCCUCCCCUCCGUCACUGCGUGCUGUUAAGUUCCACACGGCCAUCGGCCAUGGCGUCGUGUGCUUUCUUUUCCCUCUUCUUCUGUUCUCUCCUCUGCUGCAAGAGUCCGAAUAUAGCCUAAUCUUGUCUUGAUGCUGCAGUUGGCGGUAGUUGAAGCUUCGGAGGAGGAGUAAUGAAGGCAUUUAAGAAGAGGAGUACGGUCGGCGUCGAAUUAAUUGCUGAAUCAUAGUACUCGGAGACGCAGAUUGGUUUUUCCAAGUGGAGGUGGAGAGUCCUUCUGAUCGACAUUGCUCGCCGGAGAGAAGUGCUUGGAGGAAUUCGAUGAGACCGCUCUGCGUUGGUACUUUCUCUUAUUUGGAAGCUUACCAUGAAUGUUCUCGAGUUUCUUCUAUUGCUGUUUCUGGUGUUUAGGAUUUUAGGGGAAGCGGCGGCGGAUGUCGUUGGAGAGAAGGAGAUUUUGUUGCAGUUUAAGGGGAAUGUGACGGCGGAUCCUCGCGGGGCGCUCGCCUCGUGGGUCGUUAGCGGGGAUCCGUGCAGGGAUUUCGCCGGAGUCACUUGCUCGGAUGAAGGGUUCGUGGUGAAGAUUCUUAUCCACGGGGCUGAGAUUGAGGGUACGCUGUCUUCGUCCAUUGCUGGACUAAUUGAUCUGCAGAUUCUCUCGCUUUUCGGGAACCGUUUCUCCGGCGGUGUGCCGGUGGAGUAUGGGGGGAUUGGAACCCUAAGGAAGCUUAAUCUCAGUCGGAAUGAGCUCUCCGGAGAGGUCCCGGCGUCUCUCGGUGAUAUGCCCUCCCUCCGUCUCCUGGAUCUGGGCGGGAAUUCCUUUUCUGGUGUGAUUCCGGGCUCUUUGUUUAAGAACUGCUUCAGGACGAGGUUUGUUUCCUUCUCACAUAACCGCCUAUCGGGUCCUAUUCCGACUUCCAUCGCAAACUGCUUCAAUCUUGUCGGUUUCAACUUUUCCUUCAACGAACUUACGGGAGGUUUUCCGCCGGAGAUCUGCGUUCCUCCCGCUAUCACAUUCAUUGCGCUGGGGAGCAAUUCUCUGUCAGGGACAGUCGCCGAUAAGAUCUCAUCGUGCCGGAGCUUGGAGUUCCUCGAUCUCGGAAGCAACUCGUUCUCAGGAGCAGCACCCUUUGAUCUUCUUUCUCUCACAAAUCUGAGCUACUUCAAUGCUUCCUUCAAUCGCUUCCAAGGAAUCAUCCCGGAGAUCGGUUCCUGCAGUGAUCGGUUGAAGUACAUUGAUGUCUCCGGGAACGAUCUAAGCGGAGGAAUCGAUCCGAGCAUUGCUAAUUGCACCGGGCUGAGGUUACUGGAUUUAGGCUUUAAUGGACUUACCGGUAGCAUUCCGCCCGAGAUUGGAUCGAUCAAGUUUCUUUCAGUUCUUAGGCUUGGAAGCAAUGCCAUUACGGGAACAAUUCCACCGGAACUUGGAGAAAUGGAGAUGAUCCAAGUUCUAGACCUGCACAAUCUCCAGCUUUCAGGAGAAAUCCCACUUUCCCUGAGCCAAUGCCAGUUCCUUCUCGAACUGGAUGCUUCAAGAAACAAACUGCAAGGAGGAAUCCCCGAGACACUUUACAAAUUGACCUUCUUGCAACACCUUGAUCUGCAUCAUAAUGAGCUCAAUGGCAGCAUUCCAUCCACCCUCGGCCGGUUGAUCCGGCUUCAGUUUCUUGACCUCUCUGAGAACUUGCUUACCGGAUCCAUCCCUGAUUCCCUUGGCAAUUUAACUCUACUAACCCAUUUCAAUCUCUCCUACAAUAAUCUCAGUGGUGCCAUUCCUUCUGCACCAGCCAUCCAGCAAUUUGGCUCGUCCGCAUUCUCUAAUAACCCAUUACUCUGCGGUUCUCCACUUAACGUCGUCUGUGGCAGACACAGGAGAGCAAAAGUUCUGAGUGUUACUGUUAUAAUUGCCAUAGUUGCAGCUGCCUUGAUACUUGCAGGAGUAUGUUUGAUCACAUCCAUGAAUAGAAUGGCUUACAAGAAGAAGAGUUGGGAAGAAGAAGAUAUACUUGUUUCAGAGAGCACAGCUCCAGCUUCCACUAGCUCUAAUGUCAUCAUAGGAAAACUAGUUCUCUUCAGCAAGAGCCUGCCGUCGAGAUACGAAGACUGGGAAGCUGGUACAAAGGCAUUACUUGAUAAGGACUGUCUAAUCGGCGGCGGCUCUAUUGGAUCAGUGUACAAGGCGAGCUUUGAAGGUGGGGUCACCAUUGCUGUGAAGAAGCUGGAGACCCUGGGAAAGAUCAGAAACCAGGAAGAAUUUGAACAGGAGAUGAGCAGGCUUGGAAUUAUCAGGCAUCCAAACCUGGUGGCUUUUCAAGGAUACUAUUGGUCCUCCUCAAUGCAGCUGAUUCUAUCUGAGUUUGUCCCCAAUGGAAGCCUCUAUCAACAUCUCCAUGAUUCUAACUUCUCGAGCAGCAGCAGAGGUGGCCGAGGUCAGCUUUUCUGGGCAAGGAGGUUUGAGAUAGCUCUUGGAACUGCAAGGGCUCUUGCCUAUCUCCAUCAUGACUGCAAGCCCCAGGUUUUGCAUCUCAACAUCAAAUCUACCAACAUUUUAUUAGGUGAAGCUUAUGAGGCUAAGCUAUGCGACUAUGGCUUGAUGAAGAUGUUGCCGAUUCUGGGAAGCCGUGAACUGACCAAGUUUCAUACUGCGGUUGGUUAUGUGGCGCCGGAGUUGGCUUCACAGAGCUUAAGAUACAGUGAGAAAUGUGAUGUUUAUAGCUUUGGGAUAAUUCUUCUGGAGAUUGUGACCGGAAGAAAACCUGUGGAAAGCCCUGGAGCUACAGAGGUGGUGCUGCUCCGUGAUUUUGUACAGGGAGCUUUGGAUGAUGGUGCUGCUUCAGAUUGCUUUGAUAGGAGCCUGAGAAGAUUUUCAGAGAAGGAAGUUAUUCAGGUUCUUAAUCUGGGGCUUAUAUGCGCUGUAGAUGCUCCGACGAAGAGGCCGAGCAUGGGGGAGGUUGUUCAGUUUCUGGAGUCUAUCAGAUCCACUAACUCCUGAGAUGGGUAAUAAGGUUAGUAGACUCUGAAAUUGGCUAGAGUCUGGAAAGCAGACAUUUUUAAGUUUGUUUUAACUUAAAAAAAAGCAUUCUUUUGCCAAAUCUUUGUUUUGUUUAAAAUUGCUAUUGAGAUUUGUAUUGUGAAGGUAUAAAAAAAAAAUCAUUUUUUGCUGUAAUAAAAGAUGGUUCGUUGUUGUU